AAUCAUUUUUUUCUAUUAUUCUUAUAUCCUCAAAUGCUAAUUUUUCGUCUUCCAAUAAAAAAUCUUGUAGAAUCUCUGGAAAAUUGUCAUAUUAAAAUAUUCCCUCAAGCACCCAUUUUCUUGGAUUCUUGAUCUUUACACCAGCGCACACAUUUUUAUACAGGUUUUUUUUUUCGAGAUAUAACUGGGUUGUUGAAAUUUCUGGGAAAUGGAGGCAGCGACGAGCCAUCGGAUUCUUCCACAAAUGAAUCUUCCGAAUUUGAACCAUAAUUCUACAUCGCUUUGCGCUCAGGCUAGAUUGCCAUCGACUUUCUGCAAUACAACCAAAGUUUCCUUGGCUUUAAAUUCUAAUUCAAACGAUAAAAAGAUUAACAUUUUUGGAGGAUUGUCUCUCAGUUGUCAAUCACAGAGGAAAGCAUUUAUUGGGAAAACAUUUUGCUCAGUCAGCACGGGCAUGUACCCAGGGAUCAGCAUUGAGUCUGAAUCACAUAUCACAGAGGAAAAGAUUGGAGUUUUGCUUUUAAAUCUUGGAGGGCCCGAGACCCUUAAUGAUGUUCAGCCGUUCUUGUUCAAUUUAUUUGCUGAUCCAGAUAUUAUACGUCUGCCCAGGUUGUUCCGGUUCCUCCAGCAACCUUUGGCACAGCUUAUUUCUGUACUCCGGGCUCCCAAAAGUAAGGAAGGCUAUGCUGCCAUUGGAGGUGGCUCACCUUUGCGUAAAAUAACAAAUGAGCAGGCAAAUGCAUUAAGAUUGGCACUGGAAACGAAGGAAGUUCCUGCAAACGUCUAUGUUGCAAUGAGAUAUUGGUACCCAUUCACCGAGGAAGCUGUUCGCCAGAUUAAGAGAGAUAAGAUUACAAGGCUUGUAGUAUUGCCACUUUACCCUCAAUAUUCUAUUUCAACAACUGGGUCAAGCGUUCGCAUUCUUCAAGACAUGUUUAGGGAUGACUCGUAUUUGUCACGGUUACCUGUUGCUAUUAUACAGUCAUGGUAUCAACGUGAAGGUUACAUCAAGUCUAUGGCUGACUUGAUUGAAAAGGAGUUACAAAUUUUUCCAAAUCCAGAGGAGGCCAUGAUUUUCUUCAGUGCUCAUGGAGUACCAGUAAGUUACGUUGAGGAUGCAGGUGAUCCAUACAAAGAUCAGAUGGAAGAAUGUAUAUUUUUAAUAAUGAAAGAGCUGAAAUCAAGAGGAACCAACAAUGAUCAUACUUUGGCUUACCAGAGCCGGGUUGGUCCUGUACAAUGGCUAAAACCAUACACCGAUGAAGUUCUUGUUGAGCUUGGCCAGAAAGGUGUCAAGUCUCUACUGGCUGUUCCAGUGAGCUUUGUGAGUGAGCACAUAGAGACACUUGAGGAGAUUGAUAUGGAAUACAAACAUUUGGCUCUUGAAUCUGGAAUCACUAAUUGGGGUCGUGUGCCUGCUCUGAACUGCUCUUCUUCAUUCAUAACUGAUCUUGCAGAUGCAGUGAUCGAAGCUCUGCCUUCAGCAAUGGCAAUGUCGACCUCAAAUACAAUCUCUGAAGAAGUUGAAAACGAUAUAUUUGGAUACGUUGCCAAACUGUUCUUUGGUUCAAUCUUAGCAUUUGUUUUGCUCCUAUCGCCUAAAAUGCUAUUGGCCUUCAAGAACAAUGUUCUGUAAGCAACACAGAGAUCCUCAGUCGAAGUGCAUUUUUUGUUUCUAGAGAGCAAGAGCCUGACGGUGGUAUUUGUAAUGCUUAUGCGGUUUACGUUCACGAUAUGAUUUUAUUUUCUUUAGAGUAGCAAAGAAAUUGGUGAUGAAUAAUGCAUUUUUUAUUUUUUUUUAACCUACUGGUUUGUUAUGUUUGUAAAGACUAUGAGACGUAUAGUUUGACAUUAACCUGCUCUUUUGUGAUCGUGUAUUGUAGUUGUCUUGUAGAAUGUGGCUUAAAGUAACGUGUCCUUCUCAUUCCAAUUGUAAUUUUUGAUGAAUACUUUUCCAUUAUUUACUUUUCUUUAGUAAUCC